UUCUGGCGAAACUACUCGGAUGCCCUGCCUGCACUCCGAACCCAAAAAGCACUCAAAGAAGCUGAUUUAAAGGCAUCUGGUGUCCCUUUUAAAACGCGUUUUGAGCCAAAUCCGGCGAUGGUUGAUCCUCAGGAACUGUUGUAUUGCCGCUGGCUGUACACCUGCCACGAGAUCCUCCUCGCAGAAGAGUCUUUCAUUUCUGACGAACCGUCUGAGGACACAGAUACAGACUUCUUUACCGUCCAGGGGGUGGCGCUUGAUGUCCUCGCCGAACAUUUCGUCUAG